UUGAUUGUAUUCAAAGUCAGGUGGUGGAUCAAUCCACUAUCGAUAUGUUGCUAGGUAUAGGGUUACGAACUUUUUGAGUUUAAGAUACCGACGCAAAUUCUGUCUUAAAAAUGUGAAUAUUUUUAGUUUGUGUGCAUAUAAACCUGAUAAGUAUAGGGUUAAGUUGUAUGCAUAUUAUGUUCCAGGAUAUCUAAAAUAAAAGUGCUCAGGAUAAGCCCACGGUAAGAGGAGGACCGGAUAACAAGUAAAUAUCUUUGUUAAUUAUACUCUGGUAAUUUAAAAACGAUCUAUCGAGACAUUGUUGUUAUUAGAUUGUAUUGUGGUGAAAGGAAAUGUCCCGUCAAACGAGAUAAAAAGUUACUUCAUAAGACAGUUAAUGUUGAUACUUGGACAAAAUAAUAAAGAGACGUUCAUGAAUGCAAGAGGUUACAUUUUAAAGGAGAUCAAUUAGCCCUUGUAUUUGAACACAGAGUACCCUGGUUCGAUCCCGGUGUUGGCAAGGUUCCUCGGGAUUUUUCAACUUGGUUUUCACUUGUCAGUGCUGUAGCAAUGAAAGUCUAGCAGCUGAUAAAAAUGAAACGGUGGCAACCUGUGAAACUUUCUGCUUUUGACGAAAAAUUAGUUGAACUUGCCACAUUAAAGAAAGAAGUCAGCCAACAUCUUAGUCAUCUAAAUAGUUUACGUGUUCGGUACACUGAUUGGUUCAAACGUAGACGACAAACUUUUAUUGACGCAAUCAAACUUAUUCAAAUAUCCUGUCCCCGGGUGAUACCCCCAGUUAUCACAUCUAUUAGUAAAUUAAGAUAUACGUUGGAACUGGCUCAAAAAAUACCCAGGAUUGGAAUUCCAACAAGGACAUUGUCUACGACUAUCAAUGAAUAUCUUGAUUACUGGGAUGAAUUGUGUCGCCUGAAUGUUACGGGACAGGGCAUUUAUCAAAAAGUUUGUGUAUUUUGUGACAGUAUUACCCGAUUAAGAGAUCCAAAGUUAAAAGUUGAAAUUGACAAUCUACAAUCACAGUUGAAUGAAAGCUGCACAGAAGAGUUUUAUUUCAUGGAUACACAUAAUGAGAAACAUAAUCUACUCUUCUAUAAUAUAGCUCCUCAAGAUUUUAAUUUCCACGGACUUUUGAGUUUUAUUCCUUUUUUGUUGAGAAUAGCCACCCAUAUUUGUUAUUGGUCUUCUAAACUUUAUGUAGAAAAAGAAUGAUGUAAUGUACUAUAUGUUUGAUCUCCUUUAUUCCUAAAUUUUUGAGUAAAUUUAAACGUUU